AUGAAGCUCACCAUCGCCUGUGUCCAGAUAAACCUGCGGCGAGCCAGUGUCGAUGCCAAUAGCCAGCGGAUCCUUCAGCUUUUGGCGGCGUGCCCUAAAGUGCCCGAUGUGGUGGUGCUUCCCGAGCUUGCGGUGACUGGGUACCACUACCGCUCCCGCGAGCUGAUCUCACCGUAUUUGGACGAUUAUGCUGCUGAUAAACUACGGGAACAGCAGCUGCUUCCAUUGCAGGGCAAGCUGCUCAGUCUAGCGCAAGAGAUCUCCCUCAAGUAUCAAUGCUUCACUCUCAUGGGGUACCCAGAAAAACUGGACCAGCACAUCUAUAAUCUGGCGGUGCUUGUGGCCCCCAAUGGCAACUUGCUCCACAACUACCGCAAGCUGUUCUUGUACGAUGCCGACUACGAGUUUGGCUGUGAAGAGAACCCGGAACGCGGGUUCCGGGCGAUCGACAUCAUUUUUGAUAAAGAAUAUUACCUUAAUCGGGACCCGAAUAAGACGUACCCGGCGACACGGACCAACAUUGGCAUUUGCAUGGACCUCAAUCCGUACAAGUUUGAGGCCCCGUUCACGGCGUGGGAGUUCGCCAACGCGUGCUAUCAGCAGCAGGCGACGCUUAUUUUGUGUCUUAUGGCGUGGCUUCUGCCCAAAUCGCCGCUGAUUGUCCCCAACAUUAGUGAUGCUGACAAACUAGGCCGCGGACACCAACUCGAACGGCAAUUUUUCGGCGACAAUGUCUACGCCAAGGACCACAUAAACACUGAAGAUGACCACUUGGCGAUGAUUGUGGAGACGACCCAGAACGACGAGGCUGACGAGCAAUUAUUUAUUCCUCAACAGCCGAGCGUGCUGACGAUAAACUACUGGGUGCUUCGUUUCUUCCCGUUUCUUACGUUUGGCCGCCGCCAGGCCGGUCACUACUUUGACCGGGCCACCGUCGUCUGCUGCAACCGGGUCGGGGUCGAGGACGAUGUCAUGUACACGGGGACGUCGCUGAUCUUCCAGUUCGGUCCCCUGCCCGUAGAGCUGAUCCACCACGACUACCGCAACCCGCUGGUACAGUUGCGCGGCUGCAUGGGCCAAGGCGAGGAAGGGGUGUUGAUCCGAGAGGUGGCGUUGUAA